UAAUAUUAAGAUUUCAAAAACCGCAGGCUUGGGGAAUUCCACCAUUUGGUUGUAUAUAUAUUUGGCAAUUUUUGAUUUUUUUGUCAAUUUGGAAGAAACAAAAUAAGAUGAGUUCCUCAGCUUUCCUUGUUGUUUUGUUUGCUGUGUUUGUGAUAGACACCACCAGAGCCAGUAGCCGCUACCGUAUCAUUGAUUUCAACAGACCUCUAACCUGGGAACAGGCUCGGGAUGAGUGUCGAAGAACAAGAGGCUGGGACCUAGUUAAAAUUGAAAACAGAAACGAGGACCAAGCUCUGAAAACCUUUCUCGCCGGAGAGUGCAAUAGCGGUGGUGACGGUUGGUUUAUCGGUGGACAAUCAGAAAAUGGCGCUUGGUCCUGGGCAGAUGGCUCUGAAAUGAUUUAUAACAAUUUUCCCAUCGAAAGAUCAACACGCACUGGAAUAAUACCCCAAACCGUGGUCAAAAACUUUGCUGUCAUUUUCAAAAGCGAUCUCCAGUGGGGCUAUGUGACUUCUCGUCCAAUCCCAAGGAUGGGAUACAUCUGUGAAAGAACAACAUGUUAACAUGUGUGAUUUUUAAAUAAAAUAAAAACAAAAUACA